UCAGUGCCUCCCCUGCUACUACUACUACUACUACUACUACUCACUGGGAAUUUACAACAGGAGCAUGUUUUCAGCCCCCUUCAAAGGGAAUUCCAUGUUACAAUGUCGGAAGUAGAAUUAUCAGAGGCAGCUGCCAACCUGUUGAGUGAAGCAGAGGAUUUGCCAGGCAAGACUGGCUCCCAGGGCUGUGGCGGCGGGCUGCAGCGGGAGAGGAGGACCAUGAACAUACACCUGGAGAGGAGGGAGCAGCUAAAGAGACUGUCGCUGGACAGCAGCCUGGUGGAGUACAUGGACGCCAACAAGUGCAUCGAGGAGCUACUCAAACAGCUGGAAGAAGAGCGGAGGAAUGUCCGAAGGGAGAAGCUGGCCGUGGCUCGCCUGCAGAGGGAAGUCGCACGAAGCAAAAGCGAAGGAACAAUGCGACAAAAGCUGAUUCACGUACUAGAGGAAGAGCGACGCUUGCGAUUGGACAGCGAGAAGCGGCUUCGGGAGGUGACGGACGAGUCGGAGCUGGGCCGAGUGCAGAUGGUUUCGCUACAGCAGCACUUCUCCAGGUAA